AUUGAAGCCAAAAUGGCGACGUUCAUGUUGUCGUCAAAGAUGUCGCCCUUGGUGUCACCCAUCAUUAGAUUUCUACUGAAAGAUCAGUACUAUUCCUCGAAAACGAUAUGCAACGGUGUGACUAACAUUUCCAGACGAGGCUAUUCGACGGAUGCUCUCCCCCAGCCGGCUGCAGAAGACAGCAAUGCUGCCGCAGCGUACAGCGGACCACUGGAGCACUACAACAGUCUGGUCAGGGAUGAGUCGCUGCAAGAGGACCCACAUCAAAAAGCCGUGGUUCAGACCUUGGAUAAAAUGCACAAAACCCUAAGAGGUUACAACAACCAGCCUACGUCCCUCUUCUCGAAGUUUUUCUCUAAGCCAAAGCCCCCAAAAGGGUACUACAUCUAUGGAGAUGUUGGCACAGGGAAAACGAUGGUUAUGGACAUGUUCUACUCCUAUGUGGAGACAGAGAAGAAAAAGAGGGUGCAUUUCCACGGCUUCAUGUUAGAUGUACAUAAUAGGAUACAUCGCCUUAAAAAGAGCUUGCCAAAAAGGAAAGCUGGGAGGAUGGCUAAAGUCUAUGACCCGAUUGCACCAAUAGCAGAGGAGAUCAGUGAAGAGGCCUGUCUGUUGUGCUUUGAUGAGUUUCAGGUGACAGACAUUGCAGAUGCCAUGAUUCUGAAACAGCUCUUUGAAAACCUCUUUAAGAAUGGGGUUGUUGUCGUGGCCACGUCCAACCGGCCCCCAGAGGAUUUGUACAAGAACGGACUACAGAGGGUCAACUUUGUGCCAUUUAUUGCUGUGUUGAAGAACUAUUGCCAAGAGCUUCGUCUGGACUCUGGGAUAGACUACCGCAGAAGAAACAGACCCUCAGCUGGGAAACUGUACUUCCUCUCGAGUGAACCUUGUGUUGAGGCAAUACUGGACAAGCUGUUUGACGAGCUGGCCUUCAAACAGAACGACAUAACACGGCCAAGGACUCUGAAACUACUAGCCAGGGAGGUCAGUCUUAUGAAAACCUGUGGGACCAUAGCAGACUGUACCUUCGAGGAGCUGUGUGAUAGACCAUUGGGUGCCAGUGACUACUUGGAGAUUUCCAGGCAGUUUGAUACUGUAUUCAUUAGGAACAUUCCCCUGCUCACUAUGAACAAGAAGACUCAAGCGAGACGCUUGAUCACGCUUAUCGAUGCCUUCUAUGAACACAAGGUACGAGUGGUGAUUCUGGCCGAUCACCCUCUGGAUGACAUCUUUGUACACGACGGAGAUCACGAACACCACCAUCAUGAACUCAUGGAUGAUCUCAACCUAAAAAAGGAUGCAGCCAGUGAGUUGUCUAUCUUCAGUGGAGCAGAGGAGAUCUUUGCCUUCCAAAGGACAGUGUCUCGCCUCACUGAGAUGCAGACUGAAGAGUACUGGCUGGAAGGGGACAGGAGCACCAUCACCACGUAGCUGUACAGUACCCCUCACCAAACCUCCACUACCUGCAAGGACAGUGAAAACCACCUCACCAGUACAGACUAUCAGUUAAUUUGACGGGAUCAGUUUGAGCGUGGUGAGGCGCAGAAUCACCAAUCAUGAUCACAUAUAAUAAGUGUGAUUUGUAGAUCAGUGAUUCUACGCCGUCCGACUGCAAAGUAGUCCAUCUCAAACAUGCACAUACACUACCACGAGGGACUCCAAACAAUGGAAUAUAUUUAUUAUACUAAGAAAGUAUGACUUCAAGCCUUUAUGAUUUUACUUUGCCAUUGCACUUUACAAACUGACCAUAUUGAGCAGAACAUUUUAAGUUAAACCUUUAUCUGUGGAUUUCUUUCUAUACUGUACACAUACGGCAGAUAGGGUAUAUUGUGUGAAUGGCUUUUGCAAAAAAGUUCAAUGAAAUACACUUCUACAAAUGGAA